CGAGCGGAGAAACCUGCAAUAGCGACAGUGGCGCCACUAGACAUACGGUAACGUCCACUUUGAAGGGGAAGACGGCUGUAAAGUGAAAUCUUCAAUAAACCAAAUAUGUGCUUCUUGCGCCGAUCUACAGUGCUGUAUUACGCAUUCUCGCGUAUUUUGAUCAAAUGUCAGAUUAUAUGUUUACAGUAAUGGUGGUCGUAUAACGAUUCUGUGACUUAUUUUAUCGUUUUCCCAACAAGUGGUUGACCAUUAGGUUUUGUUUGAGUGAUGGUGGCACGAUCCGAUCGGGUUCAGUGAAAUGGUCGGACAAUCGUGGGUUUAUAUUCGAUUAGAUAAAGUUGAAAGUGGAAACAUCUGAUAUUUAAAUGAAGAAACCACCUCGACGUGGUGUACCAUGACUUUAAGACCUCCGAAUACGUGAGAAGACCUGUAAGCUCCACUUGAUCCACAAAACUGUGAUAUGCCAUUAUCAAGAUGUCUGGACACCAACUUGAAUAGCAUCGAUAGGGACCGUCUGCGAGAGCACCAGAGGCAGAUGAGAGCCAAGAUGUCUUUGCAAGAUCCCGACGAAGAACCUCCGCCGCCCCUGUUCGGGAAUCCUGUCAAGGUGACCCCAACGCAAAAUGAUCCUCUGGUGAAAAGCAUUAACAGCAGACUUGGAGAAUACUGCAAAGUUAAACAUCUAUUCGACAACAGCAAGGGCCUUAUAGGAUUAGAUCACGGUUACAACUCCGUAUAUCAGCCCAGAACACAUGCGCCGCCCAAUCAACAUCCAUCCAACAGACCAAUCAACCAGGAACUGCCCAGACACGAAUUCAAAAAGCCCAACAACCACAAUCCUGUCCUCCACCAGAGGUCAGACAGGAGUGCUGGUUACGGUAGGCCUUCCGAUCGUGGCAACAUGUACCCCGGUCAGCAGAUGAGACAGAGCAACGGGGUCAACCCCCCAAUGCACAGACAGGGUAAUGGAGGAAUGCCCUACGGUACCAACGGUCCUCCCAACUUGAACGGACCCAACCCUCCGAGCAAUAUGAACCGGCCAAGUCACAAUCAAAUGCCUCGCCCUGUACAGGCCCCAAGCCAAGACAGGAGAACUUUACCUCAUCAGACGCCUGCCCCGACCAACUUGGAAGUAGACAAAGCCUUGGAGGAGAUGAUCAACCUGAGGGCGCCGCUCUCAGCAAUAGCGGCAACACCGAGGACGGACAUAGAUAACAACGGACUGUAUUUCCACCCGCCCACCGCCACUCUGUCCGAGAUACCUCCACUUAUGACGAAACCAAGGUCCUCUUCGCCAAAACGUGCUGAACCUGAAGAUAACCUACUCAACCUGUCAGGAUCAUCAGCAGAUCUGAGAUACCAGCUGGCCCUAUCAGAAACCAGCGAGGACGAAGAUGAGGAGCGCCCGAUAGUCGAAAGAAUGCUGUCUCCUAUUGCAGCCACGCCCGCCGUCAACCGUAUGCUAGACAUUCCCCAGCUCAUUCCCAAGAUACAGGAAGAGCCCCAGCCAACCCAAGAUGACGAAAACCAAGAGGACAGUUCCUCCAGUUCCGGCUCAGACUCCGGGUCGGACAGCGAUUCCAGCAGCGACGACUCCGACAACGACAAGGAGCCGGAACAACCCCUUCCGGAACCCCCACAGGCUCCUCUUGCCCCAAAAGUCCAAACACCAAUCCAGUCCUUCGAAGCGGACAACGAGGAACACAAGAAGAGGUGGAACCUGGCCAGCUACAUAGACUCGGACAACAAGGACAUCGUAGCUGCGCCUCUGUCCCCUUUGGACAAGACCCCAUCCUCCUACGAUCACUCCAAAUCCCAGCCCAGAUUCAAAAAUGGCGGGCUUCAGGCCCCAAGUGCUUAUACGGACAGCAGUGACGCGAGAAACGUUCAGAAAGACUCAAAUAAAUUAGUUACCAGACUCUCCGAAGACAGUGACAGUGAUGAUGAUGAGAGAACGAAAGUUAUAGACAAGCCGCAACAGACCAAACGGACUAGUUCAGUGAUUUACAGUGACUCGGAUUCGGACUUUGAUAUGAAGAAGAUCAAGCCGUCGCCAAAGCUCAACAAGAGCGGUGCCUCAUCGGAUUCCGCGAAGCCCAAGAGCAACAGGGGGAGACCUAGAAAGAUCAAGCCUGAAGAUGAGACCGGUGGUGAGGUUAAAGCAAAAAAGAGAGGCAGACCCAAGCUGCCCAAGAACGAGACUAAGAGCAAACAGAGAACUUCCAGUAUCUCAGACGCUGAUGUUCAAGUCAAAAAGCGCGGAAGACCUAAGAAGAAGAGGAGUAUUAGCUCGGACGAAGAAAGUAAAAGCAAAAAAUUAAAACUGAGCGGUUCCUCAGAUGAUGAAUCUUUGACAAAGUCAGAUAAAUCUGCAAAGAACAAAAGUAAAGAUGAUCAAAAAACACCGGUUGAUAAGUCUAAAGACAAACAAAUCAAAAAGAAACCAGGAAAAUCCUCAAGGACCAUUAAGAGUUCUGAAACAGUACCAACCUCAAGCGAUAGCGACUCGGACGACGAAAAACCUAGUCGUUUAUCGUCUGACAGCGAUUCUAGUGAGUGUGAACUCAACAAGUCUGAUCCUAAAGCGAAAAAGAGUCAGUUAACAACCCCAAAAAGGGAAGAAAAGGAUAAGGAUAGGGUGCAGGAUAAAAACAAGAGCGAUUUCUUGAGGAAGCUCUACACCCCAAAGAGAGAUUCCGAGGGAGGUAAAGGUGGUGGAAAAGGCGGUGGUAAAGGUGGAAAGGGCAAAUGCGGAGUAAGUGUCAUCGUGAAAGACGGAGACUACGAAAGGCACACUUCAUCCAUAACAGAAGACCCACUCUUUUCAACGACCGCAGUGUCGCCUUUGAGAACCACAAAACAUGAUGAUGCAAAUUCCAUCAAGCACACCCCAUCACCACAGACUAAACGUGUCCCCGAACCAACCACUGAACCCAAAAAGAAACCAUUACAAAUGAACAUAGAUAUAGAAAGGUUGAACAUGAAAAGGAUACUCGAUCCUAAAGAAAGACAUAAUGACGAAAAGCAUCAAGUGAAAGAGAAAGAUCAUGAUAAACAUAAGCACAAAAGCGACAAAGACAAAUCAAAGGAGAAGGAUCGAGAAUCCAAAAAGAAAGAACACAAAUCAAAAGACAGGGAUCACAAGGGUAAAGGAAAAGAACACAAAUCAAAAGAAGACACCAAGAGUAAAUCCGAAGAUAACAAGAAAAAAGAUGAACAUGUGAAACCGAAAGAUGAGAACGUUAAAUUGAAGGAUGAAAACAUGAAAGCAAAAGAAGAAAUCGUCAAAAUGAAAGAUGAACCUGUAAAGGUGAAAGACGAUAACGUGAAAACGAUGAAACGUGAUAGUGAUGAACCUAAAACAAAAGAUGAAAAUAACAAACCGAAAGAAAAGGAUCAUAAAGACAGAGAUAAGGACAAAAAAUCAAAAGAAAAACGUCACAAAGACAAAGAUCACAAAUCAAAAGAAAAAAGUUCCAAACACAGUAAAGAACACAAUGAUGAUGAUCAAAAGCAUAAAUCAAAGAAACGAAAAAGGGAGCAUAGCAAAAGUUCCUCGCGUUCUGAAGUUGGUGAUGCAUCGACAAAAACUAAAGAUGAAGAUCAUUCUUCGAAAAAGAAGAGAGAGGAAAAAUGCAAUAGUAUUAAAGAUGCUAAUUUACCUCAAACCAACCACGAAAGGGUUCCAAGCGAAGGAAAAGCUGGUAAUGUCGACGAUUCUAAACCUAAGAAAGAAAAGGAUAGUUCAGGCCAUAAGAAAGAGCAUGCCAGUCAAGAAAAAGUUCCUCAAGUUGAAGAUCGUAGAUCUGUAUCCAAAGCAUCUUCUGUGCAGCAGAAAAUAACCUAUAGCACUGACCAAAGGGCUUCAACCAGUAGUAGUGAAGGCACCAAUCAGAAACUGGCAAACUACUCGAACUUUGAGAGGAUCGAGGAGCCUGCUGAUUUCGACAGCAGGGAUCACAACCAAUAUUUAAUCGAGGCCAAGAGACUUAAGCACCUGGCAGAUACUGUAUCCGACCCCAUCAGGCAGUGUCUGCUUUACAUGGAUGCUAUCCUUUAUUUCCUUCUGACUGGAGAUGCUAUGGAGAGCGAGAGAAGCACAGAAGCGGCAGCUUUCACAAUGUUUAGGGAUACUCUUUCUUUAAUCAAAUACAUAUCCGGACGUUACAAGCAGCAACAUCUCUAUUCGCAAAUGUUCACCACCCUAGCAGUUCUCAAUUAUAGAUGUCAGGCGAGGCUGUAUUACAAACUGCUGGAAAUGAAGAGGAGAGAGAACAGAGAGUAUCAGAAGAUAAUCGCUGACUUUUGUAAUAAGAGCAAUGCUGCCGCUGCAGCAGAACCCAACGCCGCCACACAAGGCGGUACGACGCAACCAAACGCGGCAUCUCCAGUUUCCCCAUCGGGUUCUGUUGGAUCUAUCGGGAGUCAUUCCUCAUCCGGAUACAGCAGUAGCGAGUUGCCAAGUACUAGGAACCAAGGCAUGUGGAUACCGAUGCCCGUUUACAAUGCCGUGUCGGUUCAAAAUCAACAUUUCACAUACCUGCUGACCUACAUGGAUCUCUGGGAGACUGCGGACAAUCUGGUUCAAAACGCUAAUCUUACUGAAUUCUUCAUCCAGUUGGAUAGGACCUGCAGACCUUUGACGUUACACAGUACAAUACGACAUCUAGUGUCAUAUGUUAAGAAAGGUAUUAUGCUAGUCCAGAGGGAAAUGCAAGAAGGAAGCUCAUAGGAGAAAGUGUUGGAAAAAAAUUCUUAAAAGCCAAAGAAAAAAAUCAAUUGUCAAUUCGGUUGGUCAAUGGAUACAAAUAAGAAUAAUAUGGAUAGAAAUUUUUCAAGAUGGUGUUCCAUCCCUUCUUUUUCUCAACUACUGUUGAUAUUGGGACUUAUAUUCCUAUUUAAAGGAAGCCUGGCAGUUCAACUGCAGUUCAUAUGUCCUUGGCAAGAUGAAACAUGACUGAAUCAGUUAGCUGACCAGAGCCGAAUACUGUACAUAAUAUUUUUACACAUGUAGGAAAUUUCAAGUAAAUAGUGUAUAUAUAUUAUUGUAAAUAUUGUAAUUUUAAAAAAUAUAUACAUAUAUAUUAUAUAACGAUUGCUAUAUUUGUACAUGCUGAAAUAGAGGCCUAGUGAAUCAAACUACACAACUCGGUUGUGGAAGAAUAAAUUAUAAGGAGUCAUAAUUGUUAUUUUUGCAUAUAUUCUAGUUAUGUGUGUACAUCUAUGUAUAUCUUGUAUAUUUUAUAAAUUUUAAAUUAUUGAAUUUUUAUCUUAAGUGUUUUCCAACUACGGCCAUUUUCGAUAUAUGAAAUUUUGCAUAAUUAAUUGAUUAUUAUUCUGUUUUUCUUUGAUUUGGUAGAUUGUAUUAUUUUAUGACUUAAUUUUCUUAAGAUUGGAAUUGUUACUGAUUUUGUUUAUUGAUUUUCACACUCAAAUAUAAUUUUGCAGAAUUUUAAUGUAAAGGAAGGAUAUAUGAAUUUGCCUCAUUUAUUAUACAUACACAUAAUAUAUAUUUUGAUGAUACGAUAAUUGUUGGAAAGUCUUAAUUUAUUACACUGAAAAUAGUUUGAACUUUCUCUGUUUUGAAUAUUCUUCCCUUGAAAGAAUUAGGCUAUUUGACUGAAUUAAAAGUAUUGAAAUUAAUAUAACAAGAAUGCAAUCAGUCAAAUUAUUCUUUAGUGAAACACUUCACAAAAAUAAUAAAUAUGUUACUUUUGAUCUGAAUAAUCGACAUAAAAGAAAAUCAAUAAUAUUAUAUAUUGAUUAUUUAUCUGGAUGACGUCAUCAGUGACGUAAUUCAAAAUGAUAUUAAUGUUAUAAUUUUUGGUGGCCUGCUAGAAUUUUAUAUUUUUGAGAAAUGUGACUUUGAGCGGAGUUUGAAAAAUCUGUCAAAUAGCCUAUGGAUGCUUAAGAAUACAUUGAAGAAGAGGUGUAGUGAAAUUCUACUAAAGAAUUAACAGCCGAUAUUGUAUGGAUUGAAAGUUUUCACAUUAAUUCUAAGUCGGAAUUGAACUAUAUCAGAAAACAUAUCAUUUUGAAUGGCAUUUUCACUUGAAGUUCAUUAUUUUCAUCUCAUGAGUUUGGAAUUUGGGAACAAAAUUAAGACCAGAUAUUCUAACAUUGACCAAACUGUUUGGUUUUUUCAAGAGUGGAAAGCACAUUUUAAAAAUAAGAGUUUCCUUGAGAAACUCUGAAGUUGUUUGGUACCCAAAGUUUAAGUUCAUCCGCAAAUCGAAUAUUUUCAAUCUAAUACAACUGUAAUCUUCUUCAUACGAUUCACUGAAUUUUUUCCAUAUGGUUUAGCUUGAUAUAUGUAAAUCGAGUGUGGGUACAAUUUGGAGCGAAAUAAGUUCUGGUGCUAUUUUGUGUUAUUGUAAUUUUCUUCGUUCAAGCUGGAAUUUCAGAAUAAACGAUGGGACCACAACCAAACCAGUUGGAAGCAUAUGGGAUCUUGCAUCCAUACCACACAAAUUCGAAGAAGUUCUUGAAACAACCUGUAUAUGUAUUAAAAACAAAAUUAUUCAGUCAAAAAAUCUUUCACUCUAGAUCUUAUUUCAAAUCGCAGAUAAAACGCAUGCUCAAAAAUUCAACUUUUCUUACUGCUCUCUUAAGAACCUCUGUUUUUAUACGAAAAAGUACCUAUGAAAUAAGUGCCUGUUCUAAUUUGUUGCCGAAACAAAUUUUGGUAGGAAUAUCUUUUUAUAAAAUGAACAUAACAGAAAUUUUGACUGACGUACUGUUGUUUGUUUUUGUUUGAAAUAUAUUAAUUUAAUUUA